UUCCUUCCCUACUGCCUUCUAUUCACCUGUAGCAACCGUUACAAAAGAUGAAGAAAAGGCACGAAAGGAAAAGAUGUCGAUCCUCAUCGAACGAUACAAGGACAAAGUCUCUACUCUUUCAACAACUCCCGAUAAUCAGCUAUGUAAGUAUGAGGAUUUCUGGUAUUUCCACGGUUUUUGGUAUCACUCAAAAGCUGACUUCACAGUUGAAGCGGUUAUGGCCGUGCAAGACGAUUUCCAAGCUCUACCAACCGAUAUCUUCUUAGCAAGUCAUCCAAACACCGGCACAACAUGGCUUAAGGCCCUUGCCUUUGCCAUUGUGAACCGAGGCAAAUUCAAAACGGGGAUCGCUUCUUGUCAAACUCACCCAUUGCUCACCAUUAGCCCGCAUGAUUGUGUCCCCUUCAUAGAGACCGAGUCUUUCUUGAACAACCCUUCUUAUGCCAAUGGCCUCCUUGCUACCCAUAUACCCUACACUUCUUUACUUAAAUCCAUCAUUACUUCCGAUUGUCGGAUUGUUUACAUAUGUAGAAACCCUAAAGAUGUGCUCAUUUCUUUAUGGCACUUCGUUCAAUCUCCUUUGAAGAACACCAUCAACGAAUCUAAUUCAUGCCCGAAUUGUAUAAGUCCAUGUGGAUCUUUUUGGGAUCAUGUGGUAGGGUACUAUAAGGCCAGUUUAGAACGACCGGAUAAGGUAUUGUUCUUGAAGUACGAGGAUUUAAAGAAAGAUCCAAAGAAUGUGGUUAAGAAAUUAGCCAAAUUCAUAGGUAACCCGUUUACAGAAGAGGAGGAAUCUGAUGGAUCAGUGGAAAAGAUAAUCGAACUUUGUGGUUUUGAGACCUUGCACAAGGUAAAUAAGGUUUCAUCCGACCAGGUCUACUUUCGAAAAGGCGCUGUUGGUGAUUCGGGUAGUUAUCUCACGACUGAAAUGAUCCAAACUAUGGACAAGAUUACCAAAGAAAAGUUUGAUGGUUUAAGUAUCUCAUUUGAAGCAUGAUAAAUCGCUUGGUUAUAGAUGUGAUUAUACUUUUUUAUUUAUGUGUGUAUUGGUAGUAUUUUUUGUUUUUACUUUUUUAAGUAGUUGUGUGCCUACGUAUGCUUUCUGGAAUCUGACAUCUUGGUUAUGGUUUUUGGAACCGAGGGUCUCA